CCCCCCCUUCCUUUUUCUGGUCCCUUCCUUCGUUUCCCCCACCUAAAACUUAUUCCUUCACCAAGUUGAAUACCUUUCUAGCCUUCCUCGGCAUACUCCUCCUUUCCUCCUCCUAUAUUCCCAUCUCCAAUCCUCCAUUAAAAACCCUCCCUCCGCCUCUAUCUUCCAUAAUAAUUACCCUGUAAAUAAUACCAGAACCAUCCCAUUCCAAAUCUAAUUCAUUUCAAUCCAAUCUGAUCAAAACCAAGAUCGAGGAAAAAAAGAAGAAAGGAUCGAUGGCUGCUAACAAGUUUGCAACCAUGCUUCACAAGAACACCAACAGGAUGGCAGUGAUUCUCGUGUAUACCCUCCUGGAGUGGAUCUUAAUAGCCCUCCUCCUCCUCAACGGUUUGUUUUCUUAUCUGAUCGGCAAGUUUGCCGACUUCUUCGGCCUGAAGGCCCCUUGCCUCUUUUGCUCGCGGGUCGACCACCUCUUCGAGCCCGGCCGGGGCCGGAGCGCCUACGACGGCCUCCUCUGCGAAGCCCACGCCGCCGAGGUCUCCCGGCUGGGCUACUGCUCCAACCACCGGCGGCUCGCCGAGGCCAGCGACAUGUGUGAGGACUGCUUGUCGGCGCGGCCGGCGGAGGCGGAUCAGGCGGUGGCGCUGCUGACGUGGAUGAAGAGGAGCGACGAAGGGGAGAAGGAUCUGAGGUGCUCUUGCUGCGGUGUCAUCUUGGAGAGCGGGUUCUACUCGCCGUAUUUGCUCCUAAAGCCUUCUUCUUGGGGGGUCCUGGAUUAUCCUCAGAAGGGGAAUUUGGUGGAGGAGAUAGCAGAGGAUCGCGAAAGGACCGAUAAAGAUACGAUCUUUGAUCAAGAAAGAGAUAAAGUUACGUUCUUUGAUCAAGAAAGUGUGGAGGAGGAGAAGAUGGCGUUGUGGGAUGGUGGCGAUACAACUGAUGAGAGGGAGAAGAAGGAGGAUGAUAUGGGUGCUCUCAUUUCAGAACCAGAGGCAGAGCAAGAGCAAGAAGGCGAGGCUCUAAUUCAGUUCUCCGAGACAUGCCUUUUGGAUGAAGAUGCUUCUUUGGAGGUCCUGACUCGGCGCGUGGAAAAGGUAACAGAUGAGGAGCGGCUGUUUCCGUUGGAAUUGAUCGACUCCAUUACUACGAAGAGCUCUAUUUUGUAUAAGAUUGAUGGAGAAGAUGACAGAGAGCUUGGGAAUGAUGCAGUAGAGGAAAAUGCCAGGGCUUUUGAAAGCAGAAGCAUUGCAGAAGGAAAACUGGCAUUGGCUUCAGCUAUGGAAAAGGCCGAUACCGUUGAGAUGUGUUCUUUACCUCCUGCCGGGGAGCCCGGAGGGGAUUUUUUGCCGGAUCAUCAGCAGUGUGCUGUUCCUCAAGAAAUUACAGCUCCAGUGAGUCCGCAAGACAGUGUUGAUGCUGAAGUGGAGGCAUCGGUAGCUCUCGAAGAUUCUUCUGGACCACAGGCUUCUGAAGAAGAUACUGAGCUGGUCGGCAUGGAGGCUAAUUGUGAGAUAUGGAGAGGAAGUGAAUUAUGUGACCAGGAGCAUGUUGAUCAGGCCCAUUUUCAUGAACUAAUUCCUCUGUCAGUGAGCUUGGAAGAUCAACACUCAGAAAGCUACAAUGAAGCCACUGGUAAAGACCAAGCAACUGAAACUGGACCAGUGGUUACCAUUGCACAGAGUGUAGAACGCCUGUCUAUGUCUGCAGAGCUUAAUGAGGUUGAAGAGGAGAGAGCACUGGAGACGCCAACUUAUAUCGAUGGUAUUCAUGGUUUACAUAAGAGGUUUGUGUUUGAAAGGAGAGAAUUUGGGACCGAGUCUGUAGAUGGAAGUGUUGCCAGUGAGAUUGAAGGAAGCGAACCAUUGACUAUAGAUCGUCUUAAAUCUGCUCUGAAAGCAGAACGCAAGGCCCUGAGUGCAUUAUAUGCUGAAUUAGAGGAAGAGAGGAGUGCUUCCGCCAUAGCUGCAAACCAAACUAUGGCGAUGAUAACUAGGCUUCAAGGAGAGAGAGCUGCAAUGCAGAUGGAAGCGUUGCAGUACCAAAGGAUGAUGGAAGAACAAUCAGAGUAUGAUCAGGAAGCUUUGCAACUUCUGAAUGAGCUGAUGAUGAAAAGGGAGAAGGAGAAACAAGAUUUAGAGAAGGAACUGGAGGUUUAUCGGAAGAAGGUUCUUCUUUAUGAAGCCAAGGAGAGAAGAAGGCUUGUGAGGAGUAAUUACACCAGUGUCAGGAGUGGAACAUCUUCUGCUUCUUCGAGUGCUGAAGAUAGUGAUGACCUCUCAUUCGAUUUCCAUGAAGGAGAUGAGUGCACCUACCGCCUUAAUGAAAGCAAUCAAAACACUCCCACUGAUGCUAUUUUCAGUUCUGGGACAGAUCAAGACACUGCAAAGCAUCUAAUUACGCUUGAUGAAACCUUGGUUUAUUUUGAGGAAGAGAGGCUCUCCAUACUAGAUCAGCUCAAGGCACUGGAGGAGAAACUUUUCUCCUUGGAUGAUGAAGUCUCUGAUAAUGUAAAAGCUAUGGAGCAUUUCUCAGAAGAAAAUGGGCAUGCGCCAAAUGGGAAUUAUGAAUCCUUAGGUGAUGAGGCACAUGAUGUCCUGAAUGGUUUCUCUGAUGAUUUGGAUACAAAGGAUAAGCAUCACUGUGAACAGAGGAGCACGGGUUGUCGAAGAAAGAGGCUUCUUCCUCUCUUUGAUGCAGCUAAUGUGGAAAAUGAAGGUGAGCUGUGCACCAGGCAGGAAGUGACUGAUGCUUCAACUGAUUCUAUGUCCAAGCUUCCAAAAGAGCAGAUGAAGCUUGCAAUUGCAGAGGAGGUUGACAAUGUCUAUGAGAGGCUACAAGCUCUCGAGGCAGAUAGAGAAUUUCUCAAGCAUUGUAUCAGCUCAUUGAAGAAAGGAGAUAAGGGAAUGGAUCUUCUUCAAGAGAUUUUACAACAUCUUCGUGAUCUGAGGAGUGUGGAGCUUCGAGUCAAGAAUGCGGAUGAUGCUCUUGCUCUGCUAUGAGCCUAGAUCAUCACAAAACCAAAGGUAUAACAAGAUGGAACUUCGAUGAGUAUUUGACAUCUAUUCCAAUCCUUAAUGCUUCAAAAACAGGAAGAAAGAAAUCCAUGUAUUCAUAAAAUGUCUAUGUAUGGAACCAAGAACCUCAAUGUCACUUUAAUGUGGGGCUAAAUACUACCAAGGAACACAAUAAUCUGGAGUUAUGUGGGGCUUUCAAAUCUUUUAGCCCAAUAAUGUUCUGACUCAGUAUGAUUUGUUUGGUAGAUGCAUGCUGCUUGAGUGGAGUCGAUUGGUGGUGUUUAAGUUGGCGGCAAACAAUCCGCAGCAAUGAAGCCAAGCUAAGGUCGCACAGAAGAAGAGCCUUGGUACAGGAGAAAGGCUGAACAUGGUGUCAUGCGAAUGCUUGGUCAUGCCAGUGGGGAAGGGUCUCCUGGUUCUCUCUGUUUCUAUUGUUUGCUUUUAGGGAUGUCUUGUGGAAAGCAGACCAGGGAUAUAGUCUGCCUUCCGAAGCCCUUGGUUUUUGUGGGCUUCUCCUGUCCUUGAUUUUCCCUUUUUGUGGGCAUGGUGGAUGAGGCAGGGAAGGGUGGUAGUCAGACAGUCAUGAUGUGUGUGGUAGAAAUCAUGGCUUCCAAAGCUGAACAAAGUUGCAUUGCCAGCUCCAAGUUAAGGUGUACAGCAGUCUUAAAAGAAAAAAGUAGGGUGAGUGGAGUUCCUUUUGUUCUUUUAUUUUUACUUCUUUUCCUGUAGCUGUAUGAUGCUCUUUGAAUAUGGGUUUUGAGUCCAUAUAUUGGAUAUACUUCGUGUGUAUUGUUUCCUGUCCUUUGAUGACAAGCUCCAUGAAGAUGUUUGUAUAUUUACUUGAGUCCCAUUUGUUUA